AUGACCGCCGAAGAGGUUCAGCAGCAUCCGGAGUACCCAUAUGUCAAUUGGGAUUUGAAGGCUGAUCGGGCUGAGCGGAUCGACAUCGCACAUGGCCGAGGCGGGCCCUUCAAGCUCAGCUAUGAGCUCCACGGGCAUGGUCCACGGCACAUUGUUUGGAUCAUGGGUCUCGGAGGCUACAUGAAGACGUGGCAGCGGCAGACCAAGGAUUUUGGCCACUUACAAGGGGACAAGUACAGCAGCUUAGUCUUUGACAACCGUGGCAUCGGUGAUAGCGACAAGCCCAUACUAAGAUACACUACGUACGAGAUGGCCAAAGAUGUCGUUGAGCUACUCGACCACCUAGGCUGGACGGAGCCUCGGAGCGUGCACAUAGUGGGCAUUAGCAUGGGCGGCAUGAUAGCGCAGGAACUUGCUCUCCAGAUACCGUCUCGCACUUGCAGCGUCAACUUUAUCUCCACUGCGCCUCGGAUUAUACGCACCCUGCCUUACAUGGAGAACAUCAAGAAUCGUAUCAACCUAAUGUAUCCCAAAACCCUCGACGCUCAGCUUGCCAAGAUCAAGGCCGACUGUUACUCUGCCGAAUGGCUUAAGAAGCCGGACGAGACCGAGUACGUUAUGGAGCCCUUUCCGACGAACGGCGAUCGUUUCGCCGCUGGUGAGGUCGCAAAGCGUAUGGCACCCGGAGUGUUUACGCGACACGGUUUUCUAUGUCAGCUGUAUGCGGCUGGCUUCCAUCACAAGUCUGCCGAGCAGCUUAAACAACUCGCAGACGCUGUCGGUCGAAACAGAAUCAUGGUGUUCCACGGCACUGGUGACCAUAUGAUCGACUUUAUGCAUGGUGAGCUGUUGCUUGCAGAGCUUGGUGGCGAAGAAGGCGGUGUAACGAAGAGCUUUCAUGAAGGUCUGGGGCAUGUGCCACUUUUUGAGAUCCGGCAUGAAUUCAACCGCAUCAUUGCGGAGAGGGUUGAGAAGACGUAUGAAAUGGCGAAGAGCUGA